UUUGCUGACAGCUGACAACUAACAGUCGACAGAAACAACUGGCAAUGGGAAACAGGAGUUGGGAUUUGGGACUUUCAAGAUUACGGAUUUGUUUAGCGCUGCGUUUGGGUUUUACAACAUUUCGCAAAGAAAUAGAUACCAUUAAAUUUAUGGAUUUAUUAUAGUGUCUCCAAUUAAACUUAGUAAUCAUUAAGAAUGUUUUGGAGCGCCAAUUAUAUGACUAUUAGGCAGUUGAACUUUCUUCUUAAGGAGGAGAAUGUAACUUUAACACAAAUCCUGGAGGCGGACGACAUCCUUCAGGAGUGUAAAGCGGACAACAAAGAUCUUAUACGAUUUCUAACAAGACCAGAGAUCUUAGCAGAACUCAUCGCCCUAAUAACUGAGGAGCCAUCUAAGGAUUUAGAAUUAACAACACAGUACAGACAUUCAAAUAUUGCCUGUGAAGUGCUAACCAGCCAGUUGUCUGGCCUGAUGUCCAGUCUGUGCAUUGAUGUGAAGCAGAUGAAUCGACUAUGUGAUUUCCUGAAUAGGGAUCCACCUCUCAAUCCAUUGCUAGCAUCAUACUUUAGUAGAACUAUUGAAACAUUGCUGAAAAGAAGCCCUAUGCAGGACUGCUACUUGCAUCACAUAUUAUGUUUACGAGCACUGGACUUCUUUAAGGCACGGAAGGAUUUUUUACCCAAUUUAUUAAGACACAUUGCCACCUCUGCUAUAGCAGAUACCAUUAAAUAUUUUGUAUUCUAUCUUGAGGAGCCUUUUAGUGAAAUAAUUGAAAAGUGGCUGGUUGAAAAUGAGUUUUUGGAAAAUCUUAUACAAAUAAUUUGCUGUGAUUAUGAGCCAACUGAAAUUCAGGCAACACCUGUACCUGUGCCAAUCGAACAAAAGACAGAAAAUGAUGUCGAGAAAGGGGUGCAUGAGGAGAGUGAAAAAGCAGAGGCAAGUCACAAGGACUCCAUCAGCAGUGGGGACUCUAGUAAAAAUAGCGCGGGGAUGACGGAACGCACGCGGCGACUGCAAGUGGCUGCGUCGGCCAGUGCCAGUGCGCUGGCGUGUGGCUUAGCGGGCAGAUGGGCCGGGGAGGACUGGCAACCUUCUUGGACGACGCGAUGCUUAAGCGCUCGCUUACGCACCAAGCCAUUGGUUAACGCGCUCCUUCUCGGCUGCUUCUGUAGUCCUCCGGACUUCUACGACACCGCGCUAUUCAACGCCUGCCGUCUUCUGCGAGUGCUCAUCCAGCCGUUGGAAGAUACGUGCGACGUGGAAUUGCGAGAUGUGACGCCGCAUCUGCGGCUGCUGCAGCAAGAUCUACUGCGAGAGCCAGCGACUGGGCCAAGCGGGCGCCGGCGGGUGGGAGCGGCGCGCCUGCAGGUCGUGGCGCUCAUGGCAGAGCUCAUGGGAACUCAAGAGCCCAUGGUGCACAUGGUCAUGCGGACACUGGCCAUGCCUGAUGUGCUGCUUGACUUGUUCUUUGCCUUCCCCGACAACAAUUUCCUACACGCGCAGGUGUGCACGAUGUUGCAUAACAUAUCCCAGAACAAAUCACAGGCCCCGGUCUAUUGGGUACAGCUGGUGGAAGAAGGCAACUUGCUGACCCGGCUUAUGGACACUUUUGAAGAAAAUGAAGACAAAAAGACGGCGCGUCGGUCGAGCUUGAUGGGUCACGUGACAGUCGCCUGCCGUACUUUGGCGGCGGCUGGCGUUGGCUCAUUUGCGUUACCCGAAGUUCAAGAACGGUGGGAAGCCUUUCUGCAGGCCCGUCUCCAACCGCUGCUGACACGCCUCGACGCGCCACUUGGCGGCGAGUACCCAUCGGAGACGUGGAACGAGAUUGAGGCUGGCAAGGAAGGCGUGUCGCAGUAUCCAUCUACGGAGAGCUAUAGCGACGAUUUAUGGGAGAACAACCCCAGUAAUGUUUUGGAUUUCGAUGAAGGCAUGCAGAUGGCGCUGGAUUUGCCGUGGGAGCGUAGUUCCGGUUGGGGAGAUGACGAGGAAAAGAAUGAAGGUGAGGGAGGGGAUUCCCUUCCUCAGCCCGUCCCUGAAGACGAGGGAUGGGCCCAGUUCGGAAGUGAUACGUGUCUGCCCCCCGUUGAUCCCUUCGCCCCACAAGACUCCCAUCCAUGGAACCAGAACGUUGCAGAAAGCGGCGAGGACAACUGCAAUAUGUCUGAACUGCAAGCUGAGUUGAAUCAGCUGCAGCUGGACGGAACCGCUGAACUGACUCACAACUUGCUGUCUGCUCUCAGUGGCCUCGCCCCUCAUCACCUAGCCGAGCUCGCCGACACCGCGUCGCAACUGCCCCCUGCCUUACCCCCCACAGACCCUCCGAUAUCAGAUGUUCAAACCAUAAUCGCCAACGUCGAAAGCACCAACGACCCAAAAACUGAGGUUCAAGCUACCCUCGGAAAUUCUGACGCAACCUCGAACUCGAGCAAUUCUGAUACUAAUGCUGUAUUUACUGAGGAAGUCGCGUCUCAUAUAACUAGUGUUGAAAAUCCCGUCAGCAAUUCCACGUUCAAUGACCAUCAGAAUGAUGACAAGGUAUUCAGUGAGGUCAACCCUAACGUGUCAAGUGUUACAAAAUCUGACACAAAAAUAAUAAGUUUAGUCGGCAAAUCUGACUCCCAAAUUACAAAUGAAGUCGGUAAAUCUGACACCCAAAUUACAAAUGAAGUCGGUAAAUCUGACACCCAAAUUACAAAUGAAGUCGGUAAAUCUGACACCCAAAUUAUAAAUGAAAUUGGCAAAGCCAACGACAAAUUGUCAGAUGAAGUCCCUAAUUUUGUAACCGAAGUAUCUGAGACGAACAACUCUGAGAUCAAAGUGGGGAGUGAGGUGGACGAGUCCAACACAUCUAGCGCGUUCAACACCGACCUUACUGCGGCCGAGAGGUGAUUCCGCCGCAAAUCCCGCCACAAAGAGCCUCGUGCCCCUCUUACCUUCCUCUCGUCCCCGUAGCUCUGUCCAUUAAUGGCUGUCAUCUGGCUAAUUUAAACUCAAUUUUAUUAACUUGUAUAUUUAAGACGGUUUCGAAGAUUUAAAGGGUUGUGGUGCUUGCGGCUUGUAAAUAUCGGUUAAGCGACACUCGCUUGUGGAGUCAAGUCAAUUUACCCGAGGAUAGCGGCACUCGAGAUGAGGUCACGUAUAAAUAUUGCUUGAUUAUUGUUUUAUUAUACAUUAAUUAGUUCUUCCGUAAGUUGAGACGUCGAGUGAAGUUGUUUUAUUUACUAAUUAAAUGAAAUAUUUGAUCUCUUAAUUUCGAUUUGAUUUUCAUCGUAAUAUCAACCACGUGAUGCGAGAUAUUCGUAAUACCUCAGUGUAAAAAACAGUGCAAAGUUUUAAAGAUUUUUGAGGAACUUAUUGGACCAUUUUAUUAUAUACAAAUUUACAUUACGAAUAACGGCGAAUGGGCCGUGAGCGCCGCUUUAUAUUUUGAUUUAAUGCGUAAUAUGGAGUUUCCAAUAUCCUCUUAUUCCGAGAUUUAAGACGGUAUUAAAAUGCAAAUUGUUCGGCUUUAGGCAUAGAUUUUGAUGAACUAUAUUAGGGUUAUUUGAUCGUGGGAGAUAACAAACUCAUAUCCAUUAUGAAGUAAUUGAAAGCGAGGACUCAAUUGUUCGGCGCUCACGGCCUCAACCGGCCUUGAAAUACAGCACAGCUCUGCUAUGCUACCAAUGCUACUGUAAGUGAUAGACCGUGGUCACGUCUUGGUUACCGGCGUUGGUGGUGCGCUUCGUUAAGGAAUUCAAUUGCUCAAGUUUUGUAAUACAUUAGUUUAGCUGUUGUUCGAGUUGACGCGGUCCGUAUAAAAAAUAACUACGCUUGAAAUUAAUAACUGAUUAAUUCGAAUGAAGUAUUCGAAGGUACGGCGCUCGUGACCAAAACGUUUCAAGUGACGGUUGAUAGAAGGCAACUUUAAUUCGGCUGUCAGCGAGUAGUCGAUACGUGUUCAAUUUGUACGGUAGCGUAAAUAGUGUAACGCGUAGCCUUAACAUUGUACCUUAUGUAGUCGAUUGCUUCCUGAGGCGCUCCUAUCACGCCGUGUAUAUCGUGUACAUAUCGAAGCCACGCUCUUUACUUUGGUCCCCUUUGCUUUCUUCUAAAAUUGAUCAUCUCACACAUAUUAAAAAAAAUAUGUUAAGGUUUGUUAAAUAAAAAAUAGUGUUUAGCUACUAAAAAAAAAAAAGACAAAAUUUCUUGAUUGCUCUUCAUUAAACUAGUCCAAUCAGAUAUAGGGCACACGAUUUGUCGUUUCGUUGCACGGUUUAAACGCCUGGUACUAUCGUUUCUAUAGAUUAAACUGCUUAAGAAAAUGCAACAAAAUUGUAUUUAAAUGUUGGAACAGCAGGCUUACUCUGUAAUUUGAAUAGCGAUGCGAUUCUACCCUGUAUUGGUCCCACGUAGUUCAAAGGUGAAUCAGUGCGUCGAUGAAUGGACUACUAAUUAAUGUACUUCGUAAAAGAGAUACAUAUUUAGACAAUUUUUAAGUGAAGAUAUCGUUAUUGGUUUUACAGAGUAAUCCUGUUCGAGUUUUUGAUUUUUAAAUAGUGUUCAUAAAGAGAAUCGUGCUGUGGCGUCGCGUCGACUUUGUCCAAAAUAUAUUUUGCACCUAUUUAGGUACAAACAGUUCACGGUACAUCUGUGUUGUUAACGUUUUAGGUAAUUUUGUUACGCCCAUUGUUGAGCUUAUGAUAUCAAAUGUAAAGUUUAAUUAUCGUUAUCGCUCCUACAUAUCUGCUUGUCGGUGUUACUACACCCUUAUACCGUGAUAUAUUGUAAAAAAUUAACGAAUGUGCAAUAUGAAAUCGUUUAUCGUUUGAAAUUUAUUAUCGUUGCAACAGCUCGUUAACCUUUUGUACAUUGCCAAACAGUCUGACGUUUGUUCCGAACAAUGUUUUAUCUGUGGUAUUUUAUGAUCGUAAAGUGUAAGAUAGACUUGUUUUUCUUAUAGUUAAGUCCGUUUGAUAUGUUAAGUAUACAUUCGUAGACGUCAGUAUCCACCGUAAAUUCGGUUUUAGCAGAACGAAAGUAGUUAAGGUGUAUUUGAGAUCCGAUGCAUAUCGCUACUGUAUCUAGUUCCAAACCGAGCCUUGCUAUGUGUAUUAAGCUUUUUGUUCGUUUAAGUGACUUUUAUACAAUUUUGUGGUUUUUCGGGCCACACGUGCCGAUGCCUAGUGCAUGUUAACGAUUACAGACCCUCAGUAUUGCGUAGGUAAUGGCGCCCUUUCAGUUAUUAUAUCUAAAUCCCACAGGUGUUUUUCUCGUUAACUCGCACUAGUUACUCGAUACUUACACUUGUUUAAGGGAAAUGUGAAUGAAGUUGAAUGUGAUUAGACGGGCGUCGCUGCGUCACUCGCCUUCUAAAGUAAAGUUAAUUAAGUUUAAUUAUAUUAUUUGUAUUUCAUUAAAUAGAGACGCAUCUUCACGCACGCGACGCCCAGCGAAAGGUGCUAAUUUUAAGGUAUAAUAUGAGCGCUGUACGUAUGUUUGUAAAUUAUUAGAAUAAUAACUUUAGCUAAAUAAAAAACCUCUCGUUGUAAGCACAACGGCAUUAAGUAUCAGGUGAUGAAAUCAUAUGCCACGCAAGACUAGUACAACUAACAUUCUUUUAAUUGUGUGUAUUACGGGGCAGAUUAUUUACAGUAUUAACAUUCUGUUAACAUUUGUAGAUUACACGAAUUGCUCAUUUUGUGUCCUAAAUUAAUGAGUUUUUUUUCAAAUCUGUCAAUUUUUAUCUUUAUGGCGCUCAUAUUGUCUUGCCGAUGUCAAGCGUAUUAUGAACCAGCUAUUACCCAACAGAACUUGUUUGUCCAACUACUCACUUAAUUAUAAUGGUAAGCAAUGUAAGAUAAACGAAAGCAGCAAAUAUAUGUACCUAAUGUUUGAGAA